CCUCUCCCCCCGCCGGCCCAGGGGCGCGGAGCUCCGGUGCGGACCCGCCUGCUGACAGUCGCCGUGUAGCAGACGGCGGGGAAUGUUUGGGAAGGUCCGGGUGGUCACUUUGCCGGGCGCCCCGGACCGGGAGCGGGACCGAGCCCACCACCCACCCACCCCGGAAUGUAGCAUCGCCAUCCUGGGCUACGCCGGCUCCGGUAAAUCCGCUCUCACCGUGAAGUUUCUGACUAAAAGAUUCAUCAGCGAGUAUGACCCGCACUUGGAAGAUAUCUACACCACGGAAGAAAUCGUGGAUCACCAGUCGGUGUUCUUAAAGAUAAUGGACACGGCAGACCAGGGGAAACCCGUGAACUCUGAGCGAUACCUGAGCUGGGCAAACGCCUUUGUCGUGGUCUACAGCAUCGACAAUAGGAAGAGCUUCGAAGCGAGCCGGGAUUAUCUGGAGAUCAUUUGCAGCCACACCAAAGGACAGCCGCACGACUACCCCGUCACCCUGCUGGGGAGUAAGCUGGACAUGGAGCGGUACAGGCAGGUGAGCAAGUCUGAUGGUCUCUCGCUGGCAGCCAAGUACAACUGCUCCUUCAACGAAGUGUCCGCCUGCUCGGAUUUCCCUCCUGUUCAGAAUGUGUUCCAUGAGUUGGUGCGUGAGGUGAGGCGGGAGACUGAGCGCCACCUUCCCGUCAGGCCGCUCUUUAUUUCCGAAGACAAGCCCAUGUCGGGCCUUCCCCACCCUCCUGCCUUCGCCCAAGCUGUUAAACACCACCCGCCUGCCUUCGGGACGCAGCGACUAUCCACCGCCACCUACAAGGAAAUCCCCACCAUCACCUCAGCUAAACUCGUCACCGUAAAGUCAGCAAGAGCCCAGAGCAAGCGGAGAACACCCACCCUCACUCUGCUGAAAGGAUUCAAGAUAUUUUGAAAAAAACAUUAAUCGCCACACUGAAUAGCAAACCUCAACGUAGCCAGCUGGGUCAUAUCAACCAGGUGGAUCAUGCAUCGUGUGUAGGAAGGAACUGCAGAUGCUGGUUUACACUGACGAAAGACACAAAAUGCCGGAGUGACGCACCGGAUCAGGCAGCAUCUCUGGAGAGAAGGAACGAGUCGAGACCCUUCUUCACCCAUUCCUUCUCUCCAGAGAUGCUGCCUGCCUGCCUAACUCGCUGAGUUAUCCCAGCAUUCUGUGUCUAUCUUCAGUCAUGCAUCUUGUUCCAUGGUCGGUGAAAACGGCCACUGAUUUUUAAUAUCAACCAAAGUUUAACUGCAAAAUGUGAUCUUAUCUUAACAAUGUGUGGAUUCAGAUUGGAGUAAAUGGGCCAAAUGCUCACAGUGGUCACGUGUGCCUGCCUUUGACGAUUGCCAGAGCUCUUUCGGCGAAAAUAAUUAGUUAGAAGAAUAUUUAUUGCGGCCUCUGCUGCAGGAGUUGUCUACGAGAAGGGAGGAAUGUAGCAAAUGCCCAGUAAUCUGAAGAGCAGGGUCGGUGUCUGCGAGAUGUCCACAUGACUGUGGUAAUGAGGAUAGUGGAACAAGCUUGUCAAGGAUCACCAUAUGAAAAUUAUAUUUAUUUUCCAAAAAUCAAUAUCAUAUUUUCCCGUAUCCAUAAUGAAGACGUUGCUCAGAAGACCAAUAAAUUCAUAAAUGGGACCGUUAUCUUAUCUAGUCAGGAUCCAAGCAAUACUGUUCUGAUGAUGAUACAGUGAAGUAAUGGUUGCGAACAUUCUUCGAAGGAGACGAUAUUGAUCUUCCUAAGGCAAUGGUUGUUUGACAAAGGAUAAUCAGAACCGAUUUCCUUCAAUUUACCUUCAAAAGUUGUGGUAACAAUGAGACCAGUGAUAGGAAGUUCCAGAAACUAGCUCUGUAAAGUUGAAGGAUCAUUGAAAGAUUUACAAGUCAGGAUGUUAUAUAACUUGAUUGGAAACUUGUAGUGAGGAAUUUGUAAAAUACAUAUCGCUUUCCCAAUAGAUGGCGCUUACAGAACAGUCUUGCUCAUAAUUUGGUGAUUGUUAGGUAGUAGUUUCACUUAAAAGUCACAAGGAUAUCCAAUACAGAGAAAAUAAUUGUUCAUAUUUCUUGGAUUGGGCUACAGGUUCACACUAGACAAUUUGGGCAGCCUAAACUGUGCCAGAGACCCGGGUUCGAUCCUGACUACGGAUGCUGUCUGUACGGAGUUUUGUGCAUUCUCCCUGUGACCGCAUCGGUUUUCUCCAGGUGAUCCUGUUUCCUCAACACUCGAAAGACGUCCAGGAUUUUAGCUUAAUUGGCUUCGGAUAAAAAUGGCAAACUGUCCCUAGUGAGAGUGUAUUGGGUGAUCGCUGGUUGGCGCGGACUUGGUGGGCCGGAGGGCCUGUUUCCAAGUUGUAUCUCUGAAGCCUAAAGUCCAAAAAAUCUAAAGUCUAAUUUUAGGCAACAUCGGGCCAAAUGUUUGCAUGGCUGCCUGUAAAAGGUGAUGACUUUGAAGAUAAAAAUAAGAAAAUUGUUUCUGAUAUUCUUUGUUAAACAAACCACAAUAAUUAACCAAAUAAUCAUGUAUCAAUUUAUAAUCCCCAAUGAAUAGUUUCCCCAUGAUAGUAUUCUGAGCACAGCAGAAGAUAUCUAUGAACUAUCUUUCAUUCAUGGGUAACAUAACACAUUCAUUUCUUCAAUCAUACAUUUUAUCUGCAAUAUAUAUACUACAUAUGUAAGUUACUUUUGAGUAGAAUAAAUAUAUUAAAAACAUUAUCAUCAAUCAUUCACAAUAAAAUGAGAGGGAAACAAAAUAUUACUUGACGAUGUUGGAUUAAUAAACACUCUAUAUUGUC